UCUUCAUCUCUGGUGCCGUCAGUGGUCUCGCGGCCUGCCGACGUGGCGGGGCGGAAGAGGAGCCGCUGGCUGGCACCAAACGGAUCACCAUGUCCCAGGCAGCCCCCUCUGAAGCGGAGCUCAGUACCGACAGUGGGCCUCCAUCUGCACACCCUCCACACACCGAUCCUGUUCCCCAUCAAGAUGUCCCAACGUCACCUGAACACCCAUCCGCUCCACCGCAGCCUCCUCCCAUACCUGUCGACCAUCCACGGUCCACCGAGGAGGCAGUGGUGGAGGACGCCAAACCUGAUGCUACAGAGGGUGCAGUGGAGGCUCCUGCCGAGGGUCAGGUGACUGAAUGUGACCAAACGGUGAGCCUGGAGCCAGAGGCAGACGGUUCAGAGGAAGAGACAUCUCUCCAGCAGAAAGAGAAAAUCUGGGGAGGCUGGAGUUCGUGGGGAAAAUCUCUCCUGAGCAGUGCUACCUCUACUGUUGGGCAAAGCCUGACCUCCGUUAAGGUGAAGGCAGGAGAAGCUCUUCGUCUUCACAGGACCUCAGUAGGGGAGGAGGCGCAGGAGGAGGAGAUGGAGGGAGCAGAGGAGAAGGAAGAGGCAGGAGGAGGUGAAAACACUGAUCCGUCCAGCUCAGAGGAGUCUUCAUCGUCAGGAGCGGCCGCUGCUGCGGCACCAAGCAGAGGUGUUUUCUCUUCAAUCACACACGCUGUGCAGAACACUGGUAAGUCCGUCAUCAGUGGAGGUCUCGAUGCCUUGGAGUUCAUUGGGAAGAAGACCAUGACCGUUCUGGCUGAAAGUGACCCCGGUUUCAAAAAGACGAAGAUCUUAAUGCAGAAGACCGCCUCUCUGAGUCAGAUGUUGAGGGAAGCGAAGGAGAAGGAGCGAGCUCGUCUGAGCAGCCAGCUCGUCGGUGCGCCCACGGCUCACUACGGCAUACUGUUUGAUGACUACCAGGGCCUGUCGCACCUCGAGGCCCUGGAGAUCCUGUCCAAUGAGAGCGAAGUGAAGGUCCAAGCCUACCUCUCCUCCCUGGUGGAAGAAGAGCAGGAGGAGGUGAAGAAGGAGCUCAUCUUCAUCAAAGACAUUUUCAUCAAGCAGCAAGAAGAAGAAGAAGGAGAGGAGAAUGGAGGACAGACGAAGGAUAACGGUGAUCUAAGUUCCCAAAUACACAGUUCUACUCCUUUAUCUGCUGACGGCGAAGAGUUUGUCAGCGUUCUGACUGAGCUGCUGUUUGAGCUUCAUGUUGCUGCGACGCCCGACAAACUCAACAAGGCUCGGAUGAGGGCCCAUGAAUGGGUGAACAAGGUGGAACAGCCUGCCACUCUGGAGACAGUUAAGGAAACGCAGGACAAGCCAGGAGGAGAAGAAGAGGAGAAGAAAGACGGAGGGCCAGAGGAGGAGGAGGAGGAGACGGAGCGCAACCCCAGAUCUGUGGAGGUCGUCUACCUGUCGUCAGUGGGCAGUCUGGCCGAGGUGACGGCUCGCAGCAUCGAGCAGCUCCACAAGGUGGCAGAGCUCAUCCUCCACGGUCAGGAGCUGGAGAAACCAGCCAGAGACCAGGCGCAGAUCCUCACCAGGUUGACUUGUGCCAUGUGUAAAGAGGUAGACUGCUUGGCUAAGAGGUUCUCUGAUACGCUCCUUCUUGUCGGGGCCCAGAAGAAAGCAGAGGAGUUGAAUCCAUUAGUAGACAGCGUGCUGCAGGAGGGCACCAACAGCACCGACUACAUCCAUAAUGCAUUUCAGCUUCUGCUGCCGGUCCUGCAGAUCUCGCACAUCCAGAGCCAACCUGCUGCAGAGCCUGCUGCCCAGUUACAGCACUGACACGCCCACUCCAUCACUGACAUGCCCACUCCAUCACUGACACGCCCACUUCAUCACUGACACGCCCACUUCAUCACUGACACGCCCACUUCAUCACUGACACGCCCACUUCAUCACUGACAUGCCCACUUCAUCACUGACAUGCCCACUUCAUCAUUGACAUGCACACUGCAUCACUGACACGCCCACUUCAUCACUGACACGCCCACUCCAUCACUGACACGCCCACUCAUCACUAAAAAACGCCCAUUGCAUCACUGACAUGCCCACUGCAUUACUGACAUGCCCACUGCAUUACUGACACGCCCACUUAAUCUCUGCCACGCCCACUGCAUCACUGACACGCCCACUUCAUCCACCUGCCUUAAUAUACAGCUGGACAGAAACAGUUACUCACUGCUUUUAUCCACAACAAGUGGUUAUAUUAAAAACAAACAAAUAACAGGAACAUAAAGUGUUAAUAAAAUUAAUAAAAAAAAAUGAAAAUUAACAAAUAGUACUGAUUUAAAUGAGAUUGUAUAUGUGACUACCACUUUGUAUUUAUGAAUAUUAUUAUGGCUUUUUUGCAGUUUAUAUAAACUGCUCAUUCCGUGUAAUAAUCAACCAGAGUUUAAAAAAAAGGCUCCAAUGGGGCUUGGCCCACUCACAUUACCCAUUAGACUUUUUACAUGAAUAAAAUACUAAACAAUGUUAUAGAAACAUUAUUACUAAACCUAAGUACUACCACACAGCUGCUGCUGAAACAGAAUCAUUGGGUAGGAAAGCCUUCACCAGACUGCACUCACAUUAUGAAAUCUGAUAAAAAAAAAUUUAGGCUGAGAAGUAAUGACUACGUGUGGAUCUGAAGAGAAAAGUCCUGUUCUGAUAGAUUUAAAAAAAAAUCUUAACACGUUCCUUUUGCUAAUGUUGCCAUCUAAUAACACACAACUGAAACCUUAUAUUUGUGCCUUUUUUCUGAUUCAAAUAAAAAUCAGAUUAAUUCGUUUUGCUAAAACAAUUUUAGCAAUUUAUUUAUUCUCUCAUCAGCAGAACAAGAAACAGAAACUAGUAGAUUAGAAUGAAAUGUUAUUGCUUCCUUUGCACUCCUCGUAGUCACUUGUGAUUUCAGGACAAAACACCAAUGUCUCUUUAGUUGUUUUCAUUUUAGUUUGAAACUAAAUACUAGCAUUUCUGGAAAAAAAUACAGUAAUUAUUUUUGAUUGUUUAUUUGUUUUUGUGUUAAAUUAUGUAAAGCAACACUACAGUUUUUGUUAAAUGGUUUGAUUUGAAAUAAAAAAUUGCAAUUAUUUACAUAAAAUGGGUUCUGUUCCCUAAGUAUGUGCAUUAAAAGUGCAGUAUGUAAGUUUAUUUUUGUUUGUUGUGCUGCUACAAUAAAAAAAAACAUCGUGGA